UUUCUUUCUUUUAUUUUCUAUUUUCAAUUCAAAAUAAGUGUAAAAUCCCGGACCGCAUGGAUAAUUGGGAGUCUCGCGUGUUCCUUCCUUGCUAAUGAAUCUGGAGCACAGAAGGAAGCUGAAGACAACAAAAAAAAGAGGAAGCUAAAUUGAGGUUUAACUCACAAUACAGGCUGCUGCUUUCUUUUCUUUUUUUUUUUUUUUGUUUUUCUUUUACACCACAAUGAGGCGGCAGGGACAGUAUGCUGAUUCUGGUGCCAAUGCAUAUGUUGGUGCUCAGAUGCAGCAUAUUUCUGCUCAGAGGAUGGAUAGCAGGUCUGAUAAUGAUCAUUUCCAAGGACGACUAGAGGCCUUCACUCCUGAGAGAGAGCACCCUUAUGUGACCUCAAAAGCAGAGGGACAAUGGAGAUGGGAAAGAGAUGAAUCUAAAGUGUCAAAUCCAAUGGCAUCUCGCAUUCUCAAUGAAGGUCAAGCUGUUGAUGGGUCAAGAUCCUAUUUUCAGGGAAAGGGGCUUGGGCUUGGGCCCGAGCCAAAACUGGCGUUAGAGAAGCAAGGCAUUAAUGAUCCUAGAUUUGGACCAUGUGAAGAAGACAUGCAAGUUGGCUUGAAAGAAAAACCAUUGCUGCAGACUUUUGAAGGAAUUGAGCAGAAGUUCCUUGAUGACAUUACAAAACUAGCCAAGGAACAAAAUGAUGCUGAGGAUGCAGAAAAUGCCAGACACCGAGAGAAGAUAAAUGCAAUAAAUAGUCAGUAUCAGGAACAACUAGCAGCGUUGCGAGCUCGACAUGCCAGCCGUAGAGGUGAGUGCCUUCGGAAAGAGUCACAUGCACGGCAACAACAAUAUCAACAAGCUGUGAUCGACCGUUAUCCCAGCAGUGGCAUGGACCCUGGUGAUCCUCAUGGUUACAGUGGAGUUUCAUCCUCAGCUGCCAUCAAUGAAGCUCAUCAAGCCUACAAUACUAAUAAUUUUAAAUCAUAUAGGGAGCGGGGUCAAUUUCUUGGGGGUUCAAGGGAUCAAGGGUUUGAACCUAGAGGUCCAUAUCACGGAGGUCGUUAUGAUACCGGCGCAGGCUACUACUGAUCCAUUUACUUUGGUUUUGCUCUACAAGUUCCUUUUCUGGAAUCUCCUUUGCCAGUUAGGCUAGUUAUACGAAAGCUGUAGUAGCUGUUGUUUAUUUCUAGUAAUGCCUGUUUCUCAUGUAUACAUGGAAUUCAAGUUUUUUAUUUUAUUUUAUCAUAUACUUAAAUUAAAGACUCA